AUGCCUUCCUUUAGGCAAAAAGUUACUACGUAUUUUCGGCAACUGAGUUUCGUUUCUGAACGUGACCAACGCAAUUCGACUCAGGAAUGUUCCUCUAUAGGAUCAGGAAGUUUCAUGACCAGAUACUUAGAAGGCGCGUGGGAACCGCCAGACUCAAAGGCACCUAUUAUCAGCGGUAAACUACCAGAAGACUUGCCAGAAGUCCGUAUUGGAAAUUAUGUUACACACCAGUCGGAUGACGAUGCUGCCUACACAGGACCACUCGAAGGUUUAACGGGUGUAUGGCGUGCUAAGUCUCACUUGACGGCAGGCAUUGAAGAUGAUAUUGACUACAUUGACGUCCUUCAAGAUCCUUCAAGUUGUAGCACACUACAAGAAAUGUCCAACACUCUCCCAGGUGGACUAACGUUGGACUCAAAUUCAAAUUCAAGCACAUUUGCUCAUACCUCUAACGGAAAGCCAUCUGAAGCGAAACGUCCAGAAAUUACCAAAUUUGUUGGUGAUGAGCCUAUUGCCAACAUAACUGAUUGGAACCGUCCAAAUGAAGAUGCGUAUGGUAUAUCUGUUUCACUUUAUGAAAAGCAUUUACAUACAUCUGGGAACGUUGGUGAUCCUAUAGCAGAUUGUUUUGGUAUCAUCUCUCGUGUUGAUUCUUGUAUUAUGGCCAUGGCUGAUGGUGUAAAUUGGGGCGAAGGUGCUCGUAUUGCAGCUAGAUCAGCGGUACAAGGCGCUAUUGAAUAUUUAAAUUCCGCCGUGUUUGGAAUACAUCAUGUAACAUCUACCAGAGAAAUAUUUCCAAGUUUAAUUCGCAGCUUCUGGGAGGCUCACAAUUAUAUUAUUCAAAUCGGAGGUGCUUUAAGCACGUUAACCGUAGCCAUCGUUUUACCCGUCCAGGAAUCAAAGCAAAGCAUAGUGUGUUGCUGUAAUGUGGGAGAUUCCCUUGGAUAUAUAUUUUCUAAAAACAACAUUGUCCGUGAGAUAACAAAAGGUUCACAUGAUGUUAGUCUUAUGCGCGAUAUGCGUGAUGCCCUUGGAGCGCUAGGCCCCGUGUACGGUGACAAACCGGAAAUGAGCAAUCUUACACUGUCUAUGUCGUAUGUCGAUGAAGGUGAUAUUGUGUUUCUGACUUCGGAUGGGAUAAGCGAUAACUUCGAUCCAGUGGUAGGUAAAUUUGCAGAAGCAGCAGGACACAAGACGACCACUGCUGCUGCAGCUGGUAGUGGCAACAGCGUUGGACCCAGCAAACAUCUAACAAACCACCAGCAUCAUGAGAGAAAAUCAAGGGCUGGUUUGGCUCCGAAGAGGCAAAAUAAGAGCGCCCCUAUGCUAACAUUACCACCAACCACCGCAUCAGUAGAGCAACAUCGAGGCGUUGUUAAUGGUGAUAAUUCGGGGGGUUUGAAUGCAAUUCCAGUGAGAAAACCGCCCAAAACAGAAAAAAGUACGGAAACUCAGGAUAAGAGUUACAGUUCAAAAUACGUUACACGUUCAAAAACUUUUAUUGAGCCACCCGUAGCAAUAAAACGAUCAAAUAACGCCGUUACGAAAUCAUCGUCACCAAUGGCUCUCCCUCAAGUGACGGCCCAGCAGAGACACGUGCUAACGCUUUUACGAAUAGCUGAUCUGUUGGUUUACGGCAUCAAUGGAUCGCUCCGACCCUGCACGAACGCUAAACAGUUAUGCCAACUGUUGAUUGAUUUUGUAUCUUGCAUUACGUCUGCCAAACGUAAGCUUCUAGAGCAACGUGAACUUUACUUCAAAGUUGUCACCGAUCCAGAUGGAGCUCGUAAAGAGGUUCCACAUAGUGCGCACCAACACAAAGUAAUGAGAAAGCGCAUGGUCGACGGUACAACUUUUUCAUUGCUGCCCGGCAAACUAGAUCACGCCUCAAUCGUUGCGUACACCGUACGUCGAAAAAUCUCGGAAAUCAAGAAAACAUCCCACGAACAUGUUAUUUAACUGAACUCCACAUGCUAGCUGACAUUAUUAGCUAAAGUAAUGUCUGCUUGCGAUGAAUUAUUGAAUUACUAAAGUCUUGCCUCAAAGGAAGUGAAUUUUAAAAUACUUUUGGUAAUUUGUUUUCGAAAACUAAUACUGUUGGUUUUAUUUUGUAAUUUCAUACCUGUACUGAGUGAUCAUACACAACCGAGCAUUA